CUCAUGCACUCAUCCCAAGCAAACACAUAUAAGUUUCUCUUCCUCAAAAAUACAAAGAAAUCCAAAGAGGAAGUGAGAUUAAUAUUCAUAAGAUGAGUGAGUUAACAUGUUGUGAGAAAGUGAAUGCAUGGCUAAGAAACUCAAAGGUGUACUUGCUUAUAAUAAGCUUGCAAUUUGGUUCUGCUGGCAUGUAUGUUCUCACCAUGGAUGCUCUUAAUAAGGGAAUGAGUCAUUAUGUUUUUGUGGUUUAUCGUAAUGUUAUUGCCACCGUUGCUCUUGCUCCAUUCGCAUUCUUUCUCGAAAGGAAAAUUAGGCCAAAGAUGACAGUGCGAAUAUUUUCGGAAAUUAUGGCACUUGGAUUUGUAGAGAUAAUACUCGAUCAGUGUUUCACGUUUUUGGGAAUGAAGCUAACAUCAGCAUCUUUUGCUUCUGCGGUUAUGAAUUCCGUACCUUCCAUCACCUUUGUACUUGCAAUCAUAUUUAGAAUGGAGAGGAUGAAACUUAGGGAGAUAGGAUGUCAAGCGAAAGUGAUUGGCACAGUGGUGAGUCUUGGUGGUGCUUUUCUUAUGGCACUAUACAAAGGUCCUGUUCUUCAAAUUGCUGGUUCUUCAGCAGCAACACAGAUGCACCAACCUGAAAAUGUGAAUGAUCCCACAGGUUCACACUGGCUUCUUGGUGCAUUGUUCCUCAUCAUCGGUUGCGUUGGUUUCUCUGCUUUCUACAUUUUACAAGCCAUAACAUUAAGAAAGUAUCCGGCAGAAAUGUCUCUUGCCACAUGGGUUUGUUUCAUUGGUGCACUUCAAAGUAGUGCAGUAACUAUUUUCAUGGAGCGCCACAACCCUGAAGCUUGGGCUUUGGGCCUGGACUCUAGACUCUUCGCUUCAGUAUACGCGGGAAUAGUAACUUCAGCAAUUCAAUUUUACGUGCAAGGUUCUGUAAUUAAAACCAUGGGGCCUGUUUUUGUUACUGCUUUUAAUCCUCUUCGUAUGAUUAUAGUCACGGCCUUAGCUUGUAUCGCCCUCUCAGAAAAACUUCAUCUUGGAAGCAUUGUUGGAGGAGUCGUGGUGGUUACAGGAUUAUAUCUUGUUGUAUGGGGCAAAUCGAAGGAACAAAAAAGUAUCACGUUAGAAGAAGAGUCCCCGCAAAAAAUCUCCCUGCAAGGACAACAACAAUUACCUAUUACUGUCUCCAAAGUUGAUGAUAAUGCUAAUACUAAUAAAGCUCAAUUGGUCGCGAUUGUGGAUCUAACAAGUACAGAGAGACAAUGAUCACAAUAACAUUAAGUGGUCGCGUUAUUGGGAUGUUUGUGACAAUGGCUUAGUAACAUCAUCUACUGAAUUGUGAUUUUACAUGUUGUAGAAAAAUAUCCAUUUCAAGAUUUGGAUGAUUUUGUUUUGUUUUUGUUUUUGUUCUUGAGUUUUGCUUCGAACAAAAUAUGAAAGGGAUGUCUUCCUUUUGUAUUGCAUUGUUGACUUUGACAAAAUAAAUAAAUAAAAGAACUUCAAUUAUGUCUA